AUGGUCAAGUCAUAUGACCGAUACGAGCAGGAAACCUGUUUCGGGGUAAUUACCUCGCAGUCCAACAUAGUCUGGCUUCCCCCAAUUGACAGCCAGUCCAAGAAAUCCGCUGGUAGAGCCUUGACUUCAGGAGUGGAAGAGAUCUUGGUGUGGGACAUCAAGACGGGUGAGAAGCUCCAAACUCUCAGUGAUGGGUUGACUCCCGGUGCCUCCAAUGCGCCUACAAGCCAGCCGCCAAGCUCCGUCUCUUACCUUGCUUACCACGCGACCAGCAACAUCGUGGCGUCAGGUUACAACGACGGAACUAUAAAAGUGUGGGAUUUGGCAUCGGCCUCUGUAAUAAUUAAAUUCCAAGGUCACAAAAGCAGAAUCAGCAAGUUGAAAUUCGACACCAGCGGCACCCGGUUGGUUUCUGGGUCCAACGAUGCGAGCAUAAUUUUGUGGGAUUUGGUGGGAGAAGAAGGCUUGUUCAAAUUAAAAGGACACAAGGGAGAAGUUACCGACUUGACGUUUUUAUCUCAGGGCAAGAAAGAAGUCGAUGAGUUGGACGACUACAUCGUCAGUGUCUCCAAAGAUGGGUUGGUCAAGUUAUGGGAGCUCGAGUCCAAACAGUGUGUUGAGACCCACAUUGCCCAUUCCAACGAGUGUUGGUCUUUAGCAGUAAACUAUGAUCUGAAUAUGCUCAUCACCAGUGGAAACAAAGACCAGGUCAAGGUGUGGGACAUUGACUUGGCAAACGAGGAUAUGAAGAAGAUCCAGGAACGUGGGAUGUUUGCCAAGCAGAGCAAAGCCCGGUGUAACCAGAUGGAAUUUGAGCAAAUUCUCAAGGGCGGUGAGGUCAACCAGAUUUUCUACUUGCAAAACACCGACCGAACGGUGGAGAUGUUCCGUGUGAGAACGGACGCCGAGUUACAGAAGGGGGUCAAGUCGAGAACCAAGAGACUCAAGGAAAAGGGGAUGUCAGAAGAAGAAAUUGUGGAGAACAUCAGAGAAAACGAGAUCAACAUGUUAAUAACUCCGUUUACCACUUUGCGAACCAUCCACAAAAUCAAGUCGUGCAGCUGGUUCAAGGCUGGCAAGAAGUUGAAGGUGUUGGUAUCAUUGGUGAACAACGCAGUGGAGCUCUACACGGUUCAAAUGCCUGAAAACUUGAAGAAGAACCAGGAGGUGGUGAUAGACAGAAGCAACACCAUCGAACUUCUUGGUCACCGAAACGACAUUCGGUCCAUCGACAUCUCCAGCGACGACCAAUUGUUGGUGACGGCCUCAAAUGGAGAGCUCAAGGUGUGGAAUCUUAAAACCUUUAAUGUGUUGAGAAACUUUCAGUUAUCCAGUGGAUAUGCCUUAUGCUGCAAGUUUUUACCAGGAGGUUCGUUGGUGGUCAUUGGCUAUAAAAAUGGGGAUUUGGAGCUCUACGACUUAUCAUCGUCGUCGUUGGUGGACAAGGUCGAGCAAGCCCAUAAAGGAGACGAGUCCAAUGAUGAAGGAAGUGCAAUCUGGUGUCUCGACUUGAGUCCCGAUGGGAAAACAUUGAUUACGGGAGGAAACGACAAAAGUGUCAAGUUCUGGGACUUACAGUUGGUGACCGAAACGGUACCUGGUACCAAGGAGGUCGUCACCAAGUUGAAGUUUAACCACAAACAAACGUUGGAGAUGACAGAUGAAGUGUUGGCCGUCAAAGUGUCGUCGCACGGAAAGUUACUAGCCAUCUCCUUAUUGAACAACAACGUGCAGGUGGUGUACCUCGACACCUUGAAGUUGUUCUUAACAUUAUACGGACACAAACUCCCGGUGUUAUCGAUCGAUAUCUCCAGUGACUCCAAGUUGAUCAUCACCUCCUCUGCCGACAAGAAUAUCAAGAUCUGGGGGUUGGACUUUGGAGACUGUCAUAAGUCCAUUUUCGGGCACCAAGACUCGAUCAUGAACGUCAAGUUCAUUGGGGACUCGCACAACUUCUUCUCCAGUGGUAAGGACGGGUUGAUCAAGUACUGGGAUGGAGACAAGUUCGAGUGUAUCCAGAAGUUGGUUGCUCACCAGCUGGAAGUUUGGAGUCUCAGUGUCAGUCACAGUGGUUUGUUCAUGGUCUCCGCGUCCCACGACCACUCGCUCCGUCUCUGGAGUGCCACCAACGACCAAGUGUUCUUGGAAGAAGAGCGGGAAAAGGAGAUCGAUGAGUUGUAUGAGGAUACGCUCUUGACAUCGCUUGAAGGUGAAGAACCGGUUACAGAAGAAGGUGACGACAGUGAUGAGGUGACGAAGGUGACCAAGCAGACAAUGGAGUCGUUGAAGGCGGGAGAGAAGCUUAUCGAGGCCAUCGACAUCGGGUAUGAGGACUUGAACAAUCAAGUUCAGUAUCAUCAGGCGCUCGCCCAGUACCAAAAGCAGCCCCAUGGGGUAAAACCCACCAAACCGGAGUCCCACACGAUUUUGAUGGCGUACGGUAUGAGCGGCGAGCAGCAUGUGUUCAAGACCGUGACAAGCAUCCGGUCGGCACAAUUGGAGGAUGCGUUGCUUGUGCUUCCAUUCUCCUACACCAAAAAGCUUCUCGCGUUCAUCGAGGUGUGGAUGCAAAAACUCAACAAUUUGAACCAGAUCUCGGUGGUGUGCAAGGUGUUGAACUUCUUGGUGAAGAACAAUCUCAAGGAGUUGGUGCACCAGAAGGAUCUGGAUUUAAAGAGUCAGUUGGUGACAAUUAAAACUCAUUUGCGGCAACUGCUUGAGGGCAGCAGCCACAAGAUCAACUUUAAUUUACAAGGGAUGAAAUUCGUGAGAACCCAAUGGAAUUUACAGCAUCAGGCCCAGUAUAUUGACCAGGCCGAGCAGGCGGCGGCAGAAGACUCUCGGGCUAUUAAAAGGUCAUUUGUCACUAUUUAG